GACGGAAACCACUAUAACCACCGACGUCUUGGGCUAGGAUAGGACUGGCCGAACAGUAACAAGCUGGUACUCGGUAAUUUUGAUUAUCGCGAGCAUGAGCAUCAGUGUUUUUCAUACGAUCGUACGUGCACGCACGCAUCGUGGAGUAGUGUGCAUACAGGGCGAGAUACUGUAGUUCGCAUGCUUCGGGUCUGUGGUUUGUGACUGUGAAUACUCAAACUCACACCACUUAGCGUUUCAUUCAUUCUUUGUAGACUCCAGGCCGCACAGACAGGCAGUUAUUCAUUAUUCGCAAGCCUUGACCUCCUGUUGACCUCCGUCUACUACUCAACUGUUCAACCACGGGAUCCCAUUUGUAGCCAGCGAUCAACUGAAGAUGAAAUGAAUGCAUGAAAUAUUUCAGACAGCUGUAAUUUUCUCUAUUCAAAUGGAAAUAUUCUACGGGUGAAAAUGUGAUUGUGGUAACAUUCUUACUGGAAUUCUGUCAAACUAGGAAGAUGGACUGUGUAGCCAGGGAAGGAAUGCUUCAUGUGUAAAUAAUUCUGUGAUUAUGAACCACAAGAUCCUCAAGCAGCAGCUGUCUGCUUCAUCAGUGGAGGACCUGACUAAUGGAGGGGAGAGCUCCUCAUCUAGGGGAUCCACAUUAACUGCGUUGAGUGGGCGAGAAGCGGCAGAUAGCGGGAGAUGGACGUUGCCGAGACUCAAGACGUAUGAUGCUGUUGUAUUUGACGUGCUAAGGGUCAUGCCAGAUGACCUGGCGAAUCAGAUUACCCUGAUGGAUUUGCCGGUCUUCAAAGCCAUCACUCCAGAGGAGUUAAGCAGCUGCGCCUGGUCAGGCAAAGACAAGAACAACCUCUGUCCCAACAUAGUUGCUUUCACCCGGAGAUUCAACCAUGUUAGUUUCUGGGUCGUUCAUGAAAUCCUGGGCGGGCAAACUCUGAAAAUAAGGGCUGAAAUUGUAGGACAGUUUGUCAAAAUUGCAAAGAAAUUAUUUGAGUUGAAUAACUACCACUCACUUAUGGCUGUCAUAUCAGCGCUUCACAGCGCACCCAUCUUUAGAUUAAGUAAAACCUGGAAUCUCCUCCACAAGAAAGAGCGAUCCACGUGCGAGAAGUUAGCUGAACUCAUGUCUGAAGAUGACAACAGACAGAAACUACGAGAACACAUGGACUGUGUGCGACUGCCGUGUAUACCCUACCUAGGUUUGUACCUUCAAGAUCUUAUCUUCAUCGAUGUAGCUCACCCAAGCACUGGUGGCAUUGAGAGUGAGAGGAGGUGUCUAAAGAUGAAUAAUGUCUUACGGACAAUAGCUGAGUUUCAGUUGUCAACAUACGAGAUCGAGCCCCUCCCCUAUGUCCAGAAUUAUCUGAAGUCAGUGCGCUACAUCGAUGAACUUCAGAAAUUUGUAGAGGAAGAUAAUUACAAGUUGUCCCUGCAGAUUGAGCCUGCCAACCCACAGUCAAACGUGUCCAAGUCAAGAGAUGAAUUAGAAGCUUUAGAUAGAGGCUCGUCACCAGGCAAAUCCACCCCAGCCACACCUCUAGCCGCAGCAAGAUUUGUACCAGGUCAUCGGAAAACAAAAAGCUUAGGAACAACGUUUGUGUCUCAUGCAGCAAUUGAACCCUUACAUUUAACCAAUUCACACAUUGCACAUGGACCCAGGCAUCUACUGGAUGACAGCUUACUGGAGGAAACAAGCGCACAUGGUCAUCCCUCCAUCACAAGUUCCAUUGAAGGGUCAAUGAAUGGUAUGUCAAUAGGAAGCAGUGAAGGGUCAGAACUCAGCGAUGAUCAAGAUCUCUGGAUAGGGGACAAUUUGACUGAAAGCUGCGAAGACCUUGUUCACAAUAUACCAGAGGUACCAGCAUCAGCAUUUAAAAUACAUGGUUACCUGAAGCGGAAGCCAGUCAUGAAACUUGGGAGGAAAGUAUCGGUCACAGCAUGGACUAGAUACUGGGUAGGGUUAUGGGGAACCAACAUCGUACACUAUGCAGCGAAGUACUUCACUGGGCACGACAGAACAGACUUCAAGAUCAGGCCUUGUAAAUUGUUUUCCAUCAGUGACUGGGUAGUGACGUUACCAGAGACCAGAGGAAACAACGUCAUCCUACUAACAGACCUUGCCAAGGGUAACUCAUAUAAGUACAAAGCCCCCUCCUAUGCCUUGGCUUGCCAGUGGGUGAGAUACCUUGAUGAGGCUACUAAAAAACACAAAGGGCCAAAGACACCAGCCAACUUGAUGUCCUUUGACUGAAUAUAAAAAGUGCAGCACUAGGUAGUACAGUUAAAAGUCUAGCCAGAGCCAAAGGGAAGACUAAAUUGGCUGAAAGGACUUCAAUGAAGGCAUGGAAUGACUGAAACCAUGGGUAUGAUACAGCAUUGCCGUGGAAACAUUACACAGUACCUGGAUGAGCUCCUAUCAGCAUGGUAGGAAUGGAUGCACUGUUCUGCAGAAACAAGACCUCGACGGACAUACCUCCCAACUUAAAGCCCGUCCUACCCUACCACAGACAAUAAACUCCACCCCAUGGUCUUUGCUGCAAAUGAUGCAGGUUCACUGUGAGAGUGCCAGCUGUCUGCAUAAAAGCCCAUCCACAUCGCCACAAAGCGUCUGAUUGCUGUAACAGCCACAAACACUGGAGCAGUAUAAACUGCAGUUAACAGUGUGCUGUAGGGACACACAAACUCCACUUAGUGGUCGAGUUCGGGCGGCCUGUUCUUGACACGAGUUUCUUGUUCUUGUGCUCGAACGGCGGGAACACGACUCAA